AUGUCGCAAAAACCCCGAAAGCUUCAGCGCGUCUCCAAAGCCUGCGACUUCUGCAAUAAGCGCAGCAUUAAAUGCGGCAAGAGCGAUGACCCGCUAGGUAGGUGUCAGAAUUGUGCGGAUUUUGACGUCCCAUGCACCUUCGAUCGCCCGGCUAAACGCCGCGGCGUCAAGGCUGGCACCCGGGCUCCUACGCGGGAGCCGGCGUUGGUAAGAACGCCCGGCUCGGAUCAUGUUCUCCCUGGGUCACAUGCUCCACCUGUGACGGGGAGGACCUCGGAUUCUUCCGGGUCUAGGAGCUCGUAUUACCCCGGGUCGACUCAUCGCCCGUCGUUGACGGGGGACCCAUGGUCUACGUUCAAUGUCGGUGGUGUGGCAGCUGAAGGGUAUGAUGACGAUGGCGCAUUGCGAAACUCAUGGAAUGCAUUCGCCAUUGCCAGUGAUCGCCAGAUCCGCAAUCUUGUACAGGUAUAUUUCGAGAUUGUCUAUCCAAUCUUCCCCCUUUUUCACAAGCAUACUUUCAUCGAGAGGGUUCACAAUCAAGAACAUCUUCGCGACCCAGGGUUGUUCGCUUCGACAAUGGCAGUUUGCGCCUUGGUUUCAGGACGUGCGCGAGACGGCGCCUUGUUCACCAACAGAUGGCAUCGAGAUGAACUCGCGGAGCCUCCAUCUGAGGCAUUCUAUGCCGCGGCGAAGGACUCUAUUCCCCGAGACCUUGCCGCCGCAAAGGGCAUAAACUAUAUGCGUGCAUGUGCUAUACUCGCAAUUGCGAGUAUUCAAAAUGGCCAGAUCAAGAAUAUGCAGAAGUACUCUGGUAUGUAUCAUACUCUAACCAGUAUGGAGGGUCUACACGAUGAGAAGCUCUGGCCGAAGGGUCUGAGCCCUAUUGAGACCGAGGAGCGUCGAAGAUUGUUUUGGUCUAUCUAUACGUUAGAUAUCUAUUCUACCAUUGUAUGGGGAGGCGUGAUUAGAUAUCGCGAAGCGCAUUCCCUCGUGCGAUAUCCAAGCGAAGUCGAUGAUGAGUUCAUCACACUACACGGCUACGGCUUGCCGCCCGUGUCUCCAAGCUCGGGCGUCAUGAGCCCCGGCGAUGUGACCGUCUUCUCACGACAGCCUGUGGCUUGGCUUCGAGGUUGGAACUUUACCACGGAUCUGUACCGAAUGCUGGAACAUGUCGUUGACGGCAAUCGGCGCCGUUUCUCGUCAGCCAACGGAACAUCCCAGGUGUGGUCCCUAUUCACCCCAGCAUCCAUGUCAGAACCGGCAGUUAUGGAGCGUGUACUAUCCAUGUACGCCGCAUUGCCACCGCAAUUCAAGGAAACGCCGCCUACUACAGGCGACAUGGCCAAGGAUCUAUUCGGGUUCCAGUCAGCCAAUAUCCAGGCAACACUUCAGCUACUCCGUAUGGUGCUGCUAUCUGCAGAAGAGCUUGGCGUGGACCGUAAAUGUGACGUUGCUGGAGAACUUCUCAGCGUCUUCAGCAAUGUCCCGGUCGAGUACCUAAAAGCAAUCAGCUCCCCUUUGCUCCACCAUCUCAGCGGAAUCGGCUACAUCCUCGGCUCUGUAAUGGAAGGAAGUCUAUCAGAAGCAUCCUACCAACGAGUCCGCACAUUACUCCUCGAAAUGGCCGACCUCCUCGGCCGCCUUGAAACGGGUCUUCAGCGUGCCUCGGGCGCCAGUGCCCGUCUCCGCUCACAGGUAGACCGCAUCGACGGCUAUAUGCGCUCCUCCCGACGGCCAAUCGCAGGCCCUCACCCACCCCUUCACCAGAAUUCGCUCCCCAAAACUGAACUUCCCAUGCCAUCUGGACCUUAUAUUCCGCGUAGUGGGCAUGGCCCGCCAGUUGGGCCGCCAACGGCGAUGGGCGAGCAGUUGAUGCAGUUCCAGUUGCCGCCGGAGUUGUUGUCGGAUUGGCCAUGGCCAUUGGAUGGGACUCAUUCAGAGGGUUUUAUGCCGCUGGCGUUUGAGUGA